AUAGUUAUUUACAUAAAUGUAUCUAAAAAAAAAAAAUCUUUUCUCAUCGAGUAAAAAACUUUCGUAAUAUAAUAUAUCUAAAAAACAUUCUUUCUCUUAACAAAAUGCAACGCUCCGAAUACAUAAAAAGUUUGAAUAUUCCAAUUCCUCAACAAAUUGAGAUUGGUAAAUUAAUUGGUCGUGAAGGUCGUAAUAUAAAACCCAUUGCUGAAAGAACUGGUACAAACAUUUACAUUGAUAAAACAACAAAACCAGAACAAAUUUCAAUUAGCGUGAACAAGAAAAAAGAAGGUCCACCAUUUAAAAAUAGAAUUGAUGAAGCAAGAAAUCAACUAAACGACUUGAUGAAGGAUAUUUCUGCACAAAAUGAGCGAAAAAAUAAUAAAAUUAAAAAAGUUAAAGAUGAUGGGUUCAAUAUUACUGCACAAAAUUACUAUUUUGAGCGAAAAAAUAAUAAAAUUACAAAAGUUAAGGAUGAUGGGUUCAAAAAAUUAGGACACACCAAAAAACUUAAUGACGGGUUCGAAACAGUAGCGUACAAAAAAAAAUCCAACAAAUCUUCAAGCAACUAUAAUAAAAACUAUGAAGAGUCAGAGACUUAUGAAGUUAAUGAAGAUUUAGAAGAAAGAUUUUCCAGAAAGCAAGGCGAAGUUCCAGAUUAUUCCGAUGAAAUGAAUUGGUAUGGAAUAAUUGAUGGUGGAAGAGAAUACUAAGCCUUUUAAUAGAUAAUUAAGUGAGGUAAAAUAUAUAUCAUACUUAUCGCAAGUCAAUUCAAUGUUUUAUUUCUUUUUAAAGCUAGACUUCAUCAUGUUAUAUAAUAUUUAAAGGCCGCAAAUACUUGUUUUUUCUAUCCAAUCUUUCAAUCUUUCAAGUGAAUAGCUGCAAAAACUUAAGCUCAAGAUACCUUUUAAACUUUUUAUUAGUAAUACGUGUGACAUAUUAUUUUUAACAUGUGAUUUUAUAUUUUUAAGAAUAAAGUCAAUUAUUUGUCAAGUAAUAAAAUAAAUGUUCAUCGAACUUUUAAAUAUAUUUUGAUGCUUUGGGAUAUCUGAAAGUUUAAACAUAGUUAUAAAUAUUCAUUAAAUAUAGAGAAAUAAUCGAUUAAAAUCUAUUUGUUUAAGCUUUGAUAAUAAAUUACA